GUUAGCUAACCCCCUUUCGUCUGUGCUUACCGGUAACUUUGCUGCUUUUUUAACUAACGUUACACGAUCUUACUAUCAGAGCCAAAAUGUGCCGGUCUAAGAUCUGAAUUAAAAUGUAGUUGAAUGACAGUUUGCAAUACAUUUUCUUCAGAUUUGUUCUCCUUCAAAGCAGUGAAUGGUGGGGUUGUGAGGACCUGGACUACAAGGAAGGCACAGAGGACAGGCUGGGAAGCACUGAAACAACCAUCAUGCUCAGGAACUGCACUGUCAGUGUUAAGGACAUUACUGCAAGGCUGUUAAGUGCUCACUCACUAGCUGAUGUCUUAUAGUGACUGCCCUUAUCUCCUACUUUUCAACUUCCCUUCAUAGGGCACGAGUCGACACACUAACAAAUGCAGUAAAAGUAAAAUCAUUUUUACCCACAAACAGACACUCUUGAAUUGCAAACCAUGGUGGAUAACCGCUACGCUACGGCCCUGGUCAUUGGCUCUGUUUUGAGUCUGCUGGCCACAGUCUAUCUCUCCGUUGCCGUGGGAACACAGCACUGGUACCAGUACCGAAGUCCGCCCGGCAACCAUGAGGCCAGCAAUGCUUCAGAGCUGCGUGAGGACUUCAUCAACGGGGAGUUUGACGAAAAGGCUUACAGCGACACUCUGUUCCGCCUCAACGGCACACUGGGGCUGUGGUGGAGGUGUGUGCAGGCGCCCGGCCAGUCGCACUGGUUCAAAGAGCCUGAUCCUAAGAUGGUGACACAGUGUGUGAGCUUUACUCUGCCUCAGCAGUUUUUACCCAAGUACAAAGAACCGGGGAAUCACAACACUGGGGAGGACCUGCUUCGGACAUACCUGUGGAGGUGCCAGUUCCUGCUGCCUCUGGUGUCCCUAGCCUUUGUUAUCCUCAGCGGACUCAUCGGCGUUUGUGCCUGCCUCUGCCGCAGCAUCACCCCCACCCUGGGCGUUGGAGUGCUCCACCUGCUGGCAGGUCUGUGUUCCCUGGGCACAGUGUGCUGCUUCCUGGCUGGCAUGGACCUCCUCCACAGGGUUUCGGUGCUUCCCGACGGUGUGGACGGCUCCCUGGGCUGGACCCUGUACCUGGCCCUCAUCUCCUCGCCACUGGAGAUGAUGGCGGCCGCCCUCUUCCUGUGGGCCGCCCGGAGCCACCGCCAGAACUACACCCGCAUGACGGCCUACCGGGUGGCCUAAACAGACUGGGUUUCUUUUAUACGUCAGGGUUGCACUCAGUAAGAGCAUAAUGUUUUGAAAUGGAAGACGUGGAGUGUUUCCAGUAACAUGCAGACUCCAAUUUGUAGAAGGUGAGAUUGUUUCUAUGAAAUGGCUACGUUUCUAAACAUUUUACAAACGGCAUGUUUAACUGAAUAUGACCCUAAGCUAAUCCUAAAUGGCAGUCUACACAACCAUGAUCUAUACUCCUGAGGGGUAUCCUACGAAGCAGGUUUGAGUAAUUAGCAAGGUGACUUUGGUCAACUCCGAGUUCAAUUCGGGGCCCCAGUCAUACGAAAGUGGCUCACCUUUUAGCCAAGUACAUUUCUAUGGCAACGAAUCCAUCAGAACUAACCUGCUCCGGGGCAGGCUAACUUGCAGCUAACUCCACUUACCCUGAAUAAAAUGACUGAGUCGUGAGUUGAGGACCAAUGAAAUCCGAUACCUCUCGAACAAAGAUUGCGUCGUCAUCCCUUUCAUUUGAGGAAGACGAAUGAUUCAAUAUUUAAAAAAAAAAUCUAUAUUUUAAUUUGAUCAAAUGUUCGUGUAAAAAAAAAUAUUUACACAUUUAGUAAUGACAGAAUGCAUUUUAAGCGUCACUCGAUGUAACACUUUUGUAUAAUUUAAUAAAUGAAAAAAUAUUGAUAUGAGUGGGUAGAAAGUGCUUGUGCAUUGAUAAGCACAUUGAUAAGCACACCGAAGUCAGCAUUCAUGAGAAUAAAAAAAUAAAUAAAGACGGUUGGUUCAUUUUGGAAAACCCUGAGUAGUUUUAGCUUGCUUCCUAGGAUACUCCUCUGCUCUUGAAAGGCCUAUGUGUGUUUGCGUCUGUUAACCGUCCUGUUUGUAAGUAGAAUCUGGGUCACGUUCAGAGGGUUGCAACGUACUGAAACAUUGCAAAUAGAAAUGUGAUCAUUAGAGCUGACGUUUCUUACUCGUCUUACCUGAUUGACAGAUUUUAGGGUGACUAAACCUUCGACACCUUAACUCCACCCCACGGGGGUGGCCUAAACAAUCUCUCCACCUUAAGCACAACUGUUCGACAGCUCACACUAGCCAAUCUAACCUCAAACGAGACAUCGCCUGUAUAAACAUAUCCUAAGAGCUUCUCACUGUCGUAUAGGCAAGUGUUUAAUUUGAUUUUACUUUUAAGAUGAAUUUGUCCCCAGCCGCACGUACUGUAUGUCUAUAAUGUUUAACAACACCUGUGGUUGAUUAUGAGAAGGUGAAGUGCGUUUGUUUUUCUUGAAACCUGUUUGUGGGUGAAUCUUUUAACGAGGCUUUUUAAAAUUCAAGUUAACAGCGAUUGGAGUCAUAUUUUGCCUUUGUUUCUGUUGCCAUCUCUACCAUUUAUGAAUGAACGCUUUUUGCAAUCCUAGCCUUUUUUUCUCUAGGUUUUCCUAAACUAAAUGGUUUGUUGCUUUUGAAGUUUUGUAUUAUGUUAUCUAUAGAGCGUUGUAGUGACUUUUGACCCCGUUUGUUUACAUUUCCCUUUUUUUUUAAAUUUCAGCUGAUGAGAAUGUUCAGUUUAAUUUUGUGUCAUAUGUUGAUUGAAUGUUUUGGAAUGUAACCACUUCUUUCCCAUUGUCAUCCAUAUUUAUUGACAUUUAUUUGAAUGUAAAGACAUGUUAUCCUGGGUUGUUUUGACACCACUAUAGCUAACCUGUGUUUUGAUCUUCCUCUUGAUGCUCGUGAUAUUUUGUUUGGUUAUGUUGAAGUAAAUGUAGCUCCAGUACAUAGCUUUUCUGAAGCCUACAGUGUUUGAAGCCAGCUUGAAACUACCAAUGACAAGACAACUGGCACUAACUUCCAAGUACACUUGGUAAAUGAGCACUCAACAGAUAUUGUUUACUGGGACACCAUUUUAUGAAGGGUGUCUAAAUGUUUUGAAACUAUUUGUGGCUUUUGUAAGCAUUUUUAUGUGACUAUACCUAAAGCACACUGCAUACCUGUUUCCAUAAGAAUAAAGUUCACCUAUGCUGA